AUGAAAUUUGCAAAGGUUCUCCAAGAGACUUUAAACGCAGAAGACAUUCCCCAAGAGUGGGUUCUGGCAGCUAUUCAGUAUAAGGCAUUGAAGAAAUAUAUUGGGAAAGUUGUUCAAGAAUUGAAAUUCUUAGGAUUUGAACAAAAUGCCAUGAAGCUAUUAAUCCAUGAUUCGGAAGAUACUCAAUCCAAAGUUAUUGAUGUGGACCAUGAUUAUAACCCAAAGAAUCCAGUUCUUGCAGAGUACAUUUUAACCAAGGCUAUGGAUAAUGGGAAAUCUGGCCAUUCUAUUGUACCUAUGCUUAAAAUAACCAUUGAUUAUAGUGAACAACUGAAUGUUACAGAUGAUCAAAUGUCUACUAUAACUGCAAACAUCAAAAAGAAAAUCGAAUCUGUCCUUUCGGUGCCAUCCUCUAAAAGAACACAGACAAGUCUUCGAGAAGAGUUGAGAACGCAAUUUCAAGACCUUAAUAGUAAUAAUAAUUCCAGAAUGCAAUCCCUUGAUCUGUUGGAAACAUUAAACAUUAACUCUGAUAGUGAUUACGAUUCUUCAGGCGAAGAAAGAAUCUAUGAGAUUAGAGAAGAGAAUGAUGAGUAUAAGUUAUCACCCACCACUUCCCACGUUAAUUCAAGUCGAGAGAAUUCCCCGCCACCACCUCCACCUAUGAAAUCCACUAGAAUGCCUAGCAUAGAUGAUAGUUUAUCCGACACUCAAGAAGAGCCACCUGUUAAGCAAAGAAAGCAAGAAAUAUAUAUAAUGUUGAACUCUGACGUCAAAUUCUUUGAUAUGUUGAAUGAAGAACUAGAAAGCUUGGAUCAUGUUAGAGAAGACGAAGAAACCAAAAUGAUUACUCAAAUCACCGAUCUUUCUCAAACCGUAUCAAGUCUAGUUGCACCUGGUAAAAAUAGUCGAAGAUCAGAUUUAUAUUUAUGGCGAGAAUUGUUCCGGAUUUAUUUGGAUUCAGAAGUUUAUUUCAGAUAUAACGAUGUUAAUUCCAGUGCAGCUGAAAAGAAUAUGGAACAAAUAAAGAAAAACCUUGAACAAUUUUUAGAGAAUGUCAAUAAGCUGCAAAUCUUAACUCAGUUCAAGCAGAAGAAAAGUCUUGAGGCUUUCAACGAAUUUAUAAAAAUGAAUUUCCAUUUGCUUAAAGUCUUGGAAUAUCAGUAUUUGAACUCAGAAGCCUUCAGAAAGAUUCUUAAAAAGUUUGAUAAACAAACUAGUUUGGGUGUACAAUCCAAAUUCCCUGAUUUAGUACUGACAGACCAUAUAUUCUUCUCGGGGAAGAAUUUGGCAAAGACUAUUUGUUAUAUCAUGCAAGAUAACCUUAUCACCUUGGUUCCACAACUUGAGGAUUAUACAUGUCCUAUUUGUUGUUCUGUAGCGUAUAAGCCAAUUAGACUUGAGUGUGGCCAUUUAUUCUGUGUGCGUUGUUUGGUGAAGAUGAAACAACAACGUAAUGUCAACUGUCCCAUGUGUCGGUAUGAACGUGCUAUUGAGUUGGCAUCCGGAGCAAAUUUGGACUUGGAAGCCAUGGACAUUAUGGAAAAGUAUUUCCCCUUGGAAGUCAAGGCGAAAUUGAAGGAAAGAAGUACUGAAAAGUACUCGGACUUUGCAGGGAACAGAGAUAACAAAUGCAAUGUAUCAUAA